CCCCCAGCGAUGCCCAGAUGCGCCCAGAGGUGCCCAGGAGCCGGGCAGCCCCGCGUCCCUCCCCCGUGUCCCCCCCCCCCCCUCGUGUUCACGAGUUGCCGCUCGUUUUCCUUCCUUUCCCCUUUUUUUAGCAACCUCCCCCCCCCUUCCCUCCCCCCCCCCCCGGGGCCGGGAAGCCGGGGUCAGCCGGUGCCGAUAACCGGGCUGAGCCCUCGGGGCGCCUCCUCCCAGCCGGAGGCGCUGAUGCUGGACCCGUAAAGGAAAAAAUAAAAAACCAAAAAAACCCCAAGCGCAAAGUUCCUGCCGUUAGCAUCAUCCCGGCGGGGCCGGGAGCUCCAGCUCCGGGGGUGGAUAAAGGGCUGCAGCUGGGAGAUUUUUGGGGUUGGGGUCGGUGCCCCCCCCUCCUCCCCAAACCAUGGCCCUGGGGCAGCUGAGAUUCAGCGAGCUGGGUGCCGAGGAGCCACCCAUGGGCGAGGAGAGCCUGGAGGGCCUCAAGGCGCUGACGGCCAAGCUGAAGCUGCAGACGCGGCGCCCAUCCUACCUCGAGUGGGAGGCCAGGGUGCGGGGGCAGCCCUGGGGCAGCCGGACCCCCGGCGGGGCCGAGGGGAUCCCGGGGAACCCCAAGGGCGAGCGGGACGGCGGCGGCGUCUGCGGCUUCCCCACCGUGGGGGAGGCUUUGGAGUGGCUCAGGACGGAGCUGGAGCUGCAGGCUGCAGACCAGCGCCUGGCGCAGCAGCUGAUGCGCCUGCGGGCGCAGCUGCACCGGCUGAAGGUGGAGCAGGCCUGCCACCAGCACAAGGAGAUGCUGGACGACGCCACCUUCGGCCUCGAGGGCUGCGAGGAAGACUCGGAUCUGCUCUGCAACAUCCCCCCCAAGGCCGCCUUCCUGCUCUCCAUGCCGCUGAAGCACAUCGGCGUCACCCGCAUGAACAUCAACUCCCGGCGCUUCUCCCUCUGCUGAGCCUGGCGGGGCUCCGCGGGCACCCAGGGGUGCACCCAGGCUCGGUGGGGCUCGCGGGUGCCUCCUGAAGCACCGUGGGGACGGCGGGGCUGGGGCUGAGCUCCCUGGUGCAGGGGGUGCUCGGUGCUCUGGGAAAUGCCACCGUCCCCGUGGGACACAGGGCGUCCUGGGGCACCCACAGCCCUGUCCCCGGGGAUGGUGGGGUCAGCAAGGUGCACGAAAAACUUGAGGAGGAAUAAAAGGAGGCGAUGGUAAGA